AUGAAUGGUGCCUCAGAUGAGAAUGCCGAAAAUAGGUUCGGAGAAGAAAAUGAAGAAAAUGAACAGUUUUUGCGGCGGAAAGGACAACGGAAGUCCCGUCCGCAUGCUCUUGCUUAUCGUAAUACAAAUAUUAGUGGAUCAGUUAGUAAGAAAUAUGAAGAGAAGGGAGUUUAUAUAUCGAUUAUUGAGAAAUCUCUGCUGUUGGACAAGAAGAGGAGACGCGAAAGUUUCCAACAAAGAAAUCAAGAACCUCCGACAAGAAGUCGAUGGCUUCCAACGGGAAUAUCUGCCUUUACUGUUUUUUGUGAUGAAGAUAAUGGUCAAGAGGUUGGCAGCUCGAAAGAUCCUGAGAAGAAUGAUCAACAGCAAGGAGAAGGAAGCAAAAGAAGUGGAGAGAUGUCGACGCAAUAUUUGCAAAUACCAAGAAAGAUUAGACGCCCCCUUGCAACUUUAUCACCGAAUCGUGACGAUUCGGAUUCGGAGAGUAACAGACCUCUUGCUCGAAAUUUGUCACCAAAUCAUGAGGAAUCAGAUUUGGAGAGUAGCACACCAUCUGAUGCCAAUCUUCAAACCGAUGAGGGUGAAGAUAGUUAUCAUUCAAGGAAUAGUACUACUUCGAUUGAUAGCAGCGACAUUUCUGCUAACGAACUACGUCCUGAUGAUGAAGUGGUAUUUGUUGUUGAUUCAGUUUCAAAUAAUGUCCGAAGAGCGUUUAAGAGUGUUCCAGAUAUUUCUAGCCAAGCAGCAACUACAAGUAGCAGUAUAAUAUAUACUACAGAAGAGCAUGAGGAUCGAGUGCGGACGGAUCCAGUGUAUGAUGCGGAUAUCUAUCUUUAUAUGAGAUAUAGGGAAUUAAAACUUUGUCCUUCUGGAGAUUUUUUAGAAUUUCAAGAAGAAAUAUGUGGUGAAGUGAGAUAUCUUCUUGUCGAAUGGAUUUGUGAUUCAGCUCGAGAAUUUAAUUUAAGCACGGAAUCCUUGCAUAUGGCAGUUUCAAUUGUCGAUCGAGUCUUAAAUACACUUCAGUGUCCACGUGAGAAGUUGCAAUUACUUGGUGCUGCAGCUCUGUUGCUAGCAGCAAAAUUUGAGGAGAUCUAUCCACCAGAAGUGAAAGAAUUCGCUAGAAUCACUGCUUACACAUUUCACGAAACAGAGAUUAUAAGAAUGGAACGAAUAGUUUUUGCAAGAGUAGAAUAUCAGCUGUUAGCACCUACGUCAUGGUGGUUUGCUUCACGGCUGGUACGUAUGGCUCAUGUUCCAAGAAUAAUUUAUUGUAUGAUGAGGUAUCUGUUGGAACUUGCCCUUCUAGAUCAUACAUUUCUGGAUUUUCGGCCAAGUGUUAUCGGGGCAGCAUCAUUCUUUCUCAGUAAUGUGAUCUUCAAAUCUGAUUACCUGCUUUUGACUACAGAAACAGAUAUUGGCGUUAAUGAACUUCGCUCACCUGCCCGAAAAAUGCUUGAACUCUUCCAUGAAGUCCCGAACAAAGAUUACUGUAGCGUUUUUGAGAAAUAUGCAACGGAAAAGUACGAGCAGGUCUCUUGUUUAUUACUCCCAGAUAAUUUUUCGGAAUUAGAUGUCACCCGUUAA